GCAGUUGUUAUCGUGAUACGGUUACCUUAAAGUGUUCUCAGUAAGCAGCAGUGAACAUGUGAAUGAAGACUCAGGAGCCGACAAAAAACUUCUGAUGGAGAACUACAGGAAGGCGCGUACGGUGGAGCAACCGUGCAUCUGUCCCUUCACCGACCUGCCCACAGAUACUCCCAAAGUCCACGUCAAAGACGGCAGCAAGCUCCGCAACCUGCUCCGCUUCGCUCUCAGUCACAUGGGUGCCAAAAAGCCCAUAGUGGCCGAGGAAGAGAGAGGACUUCCCACAGCUGAUGAAAGUGGCAUGGCUGCAGAGAGACAGGAAGUGCCAGGUCCAGCGAUCAGCCAGCAGAUCGUUUUUACAGCCAGCGGGAAGGGCGUGUCCAAAGCCAUCACGUGUGCGGAGAUCAUGAAGCGGCGGCUGAAGAAGCUCCACCAGCUGACCAGGCUGCUGUACUGCACCGUGGUGGAGGAGUGGGAGCCGCUGGAGCCUGCCGCCGGCCUCUCCGGCCUCGACAGCCUCACCGUCAGCAGAAACCUGCCCGCCAUCUGGAUCCUGCUUUCCUGUGAACCGCUAGACUGCAGCCAGCCCGGGUACCAGGCGCCGGGCUGCUACGACGCCCUGUGGGCCCAGAACGCCCGCCGGGAGGAGGCCGGGGGCUUCAGUGGACAGAAACAAGGACAGAGGAGAAAGAAAGGAGGCGGAGUCAGAGGCAAGGGAGCGCCUGGCCAUCAGAAGGGGCGACUGUGACGGCCGGCGGAAGGCCAGAACUGAUUUCCAUGUUCACACACAGACUGGCUUCAGGUGUUUAAGCUCAUUGGAUUGUUGCUUUUGACUGUUGCUCAACAUUUUCUAGACAUCACCAAGUUACCAUCACUGACUGCUCGUGUCCCACUGAUUUAGUUGUUUCUCGCUGGCUGUUAAUUGACUGUUAACCUUCUAAGCGCUUCUCAUAUUUUAAAGGGGCUUUUUCAGUUUGUUUGGCCAACAGUACAAAAUACAAGUCUUCUUAUACUUCUACUAAUGGUAAUCUGAAGUUCACCAAGUUGAGUCCCAAAAAUUGUUUGUUUGUUUGUCUUAAUUCUUUACUGUUUUUGCAUUUUGGUUUUAAAACAGAAACAAAAUUACCCUGUUUUUGUUGUAAUUUUGUUUUGAAACGGAAAAACCGAAGAAUAAAUGAUACACAGAUUCUGUGCUCGUAGAAAAAAUUUAGAUUUAUAUUAAUUCCUUGAUUGGUUGAAAAAAAUGUUACAUGGGUUGUAUUUAUGGGUGAUUCUUUAACU